CAAUGUUAGUUUCCACAAUUUGAUACUCUACAGCGGAAGCGGCAUCAAUAGUAGUGCAAUGUCUGGGCUAUUCAAGAAAAGUAAGCCUGUGAAACUUAGGGGUCUUAAUGAAACAAAAAAGUACGGAAUUGCUGCCAAAAACCUGGCAGAGUUGCUGAAAAAAGGCUGCAAAUUAUUAAAAGUGCCGCUCGGUGGCUCCCGUGUGUGUGUGUAUGCGGACGGGACGGAGGUGACAGAGGAGUACUUCCACGCUCUGCCGGACAACACCGAGCUGGUGCUGCUGUCCGGACCGCAGACAUGGAGCGGAGUUGUGUGUGACAUUGACCUGGUACUGAGUGCAGACCGGCACUCUGAUCAACUCAUUCAAGCAGCCAAGGGUCUCCUCUCUGAUGAGCAGUCUCCCAAAAGACGGAAACUGCUGGCUGACCUGCUGCUGAGCCUGGAGGACAGCUCUGAGCUGGAGAGCAGGGAGGACGAUGAAGACUGGUUCAAAGGUGUUGAUACUCGAUUCAAGACGAAGUCUGCCUACAUGAGGUACAACUGUGAAAACAGGAUACGAGGCUACGUCAAGGAGGUGGACGGCGUCACCAAAAGCAUACAGAAACCCAAAGUCAUGGCGGAGUUUGUGAAAACGAAGAAGUGCCUGAUGGACAUGUUGAAAUCAGCCAAUUACAACGGCUGUUACUUCGACAGGACGGAAAAGGAGGCAAAUCGCCUGUGUACCCCCGAAGGCUGGUUCACCUGCCAGGGAGCAUUUGACCAGGACCUGUGCUCAUCUCUGCACUCCAUCAACCCCUAUGGCAACCGAGAGAGCAGGGUGGUCUUCAGCACAUGGAAUCUGGACCACAGGAUUGAGAAGAAGAGGACGGUCAUUCCUGCCCUGCUGGAGGCUGUACAAAAUCACAAGAGCAGCGACAUCAACCUGAAUUAUUUCUACCAGCUGCUGUUCACCAGGGAAAACUUGAAACUGGUUCACAUUGUGUGCCAUAAGAAAGGAGCUCACAAUCUUGUUUGUGAUAACAAAAAGAUAUUCAAACGAGUCUUAUACACAGGCAAGGCAGAAAAAAAUGCCAAAGCAAAGCGGCUUUGUAGAUCAUGAAUUUUAUGUUUUUUGUAUUAUUAUUUUUACUUUUAUAAGUCAGUAUUUGUAUAAAUGUAUGUAGGCUGAACUACAAAUUAUAAAGCUGUCAUGAAGAGUAUAAAAAUAAAUAUUUCAAGGACAGGUUGAUGUCCUUGGAGCUCAGAAGUUGUGACAGGAAAACGCCAAGUUGACAUUAUUCUUUUACCACACUGAAAAUAUGAUUGAGAUGCAAACAGCUUU